AUGGCGACACUACGAAGAACCGCGACAAGAGUCGUAUUUCAGGACAUCUCCCGACAAUACAAUGCCUCAUCAACGCGGCCGGCGUUCACAAUCGGCCCAGUGCAACCUGCGGUACACACCAGGAACCGACCUGUAAUCGCCUUUCACCAGCUACGAUAUCACUCGGCUCCGUCGUCCAAUUCAAAGGUGUAUGACUUCGGACAGAUCAAGGAGCUUACUGAAAAGCCAUCGUCAGAUCGCAUAUUGAUCGACGUCCGAGAGCCCCAUGAGUACGAGGAAGGCUACAUCCCCGGCGCGAUCAACAUUCCCAUAAAGUCACAGCCCGAUGCAAUGUUCCUACCCGCAGACGAGUUUGAGGAUCGCUUGGGCUUCAGCAAGCCUUCUCAGGAGCAAGAAGUUGUCUUUUAUUGCAAGUCGGGAGUAAGAAGUAGCGCUGCAGCGAACCUGGCUCAGCAGAUCGGGUACAGCAAUGUGUCGGAGUACAGAGGUAGUUGGAUGGAUUGGCAGAAGAAUGGCGGAGCGGCGAGCAAGCCUUGA